CCCUCUUAAUUUCUCAUAUUUAACUUACCGUACACUGACAAAUAUACCACAUUUAAUAAUAUUUCCUUUUUUUGUUCUCAUCAUUUUCUCGUUCUAAUCAAAAUUAUCUCUUCAUUUUCUCGUCUCCCCAGUCUUCUUCUCUUCCUGUCUUGUACUCUGCAGUGAAACAGAGAAAACAAAAAACAAACCCUAAAGAUCUUCAAUGGAAUACCAAAGAGCUUCGGCUGCCACGGCUUUCACUAAGAAACUUAGUAAUGGCCACAGCUUCAACGGUAAAAAUAUGUACGACGGCGUUUUUGCUGGUCAAAGUAAGGCCGGAUCGGGAGUUGAAGACUACGCCGAGAUAUUCGGCGGCGGUUCGGGUUCUUCUAUUCCGUUUCUCGAUGUCCCUGAGUUGAACCAGAGGAAGUUCUCGGUCGAUGUUUCGAGCUCGAAGCUUGAUUAUUCCAACAUUUUUGGCGGUUUUGGGGGCUUCGAUUUUGCAGUCUCUCAUGAAGAAUUCGUUGCUAAACCAACGAGAGAUAAGAAGAGACCUGCUAAGACUCCAUCUUUUUCAGAAGGGUCAUUCUCGUACCCUUCGAGUAAUCCAGUGGGGAAUCAAGUUUUGUCGAAUGAUCAGGCCUCCCAUGGAUCAAGUAAUGGUGGGAAACAGUUCAAAAUGUCUUAUAAUAAAAGCAUCCCUGGAGGCAAAGAGGGGACAAAUGCAACAAUACAUGUAGCUGUUCCGGGUUUUACUUGCCUAGUUGAUGGAAAAGUUACCCCAUUGAGGAAGAAGCCGGUUUCUUCUGUUGUAAAUGAGCCAUAUGAGACCGACAAGUUUGGUGAGGGUAAAAGGGAUAGCAUACAUUGCAAGAAACCGGCAUCGGAUGUUCAACCUUGUGGUGCUAGUAAAAUGACUUCGAAAGGUGUUGAUCGACUGCAUGGCGAAACUAAAAGUAACGGAUUUGAUUGUAAACAGACUUCAAAAUGUGUUGAUCAAUUGCAUGGCAGAACUAAAAGUAAUGGGUCUGAUUAUAAUGAUGUAUUAUUCGGUUCCUAUGAUUUUGGCCAUAGAAUACCUCCUUCGGAGGUGACCCGGGCUUCAAGCAUGUCGUAUAACAAGGUUGUUAAUAGUCGUGAUUCUUGGAAGUUUGGGGUUCCGAGGAGUCAAUCUUUGGAUAUUGAUGCUGGUUUUUCUUCUCCCCCUUACUUGGAUGAUGAAGUGGAUGAAAAUUCAGUUGCUGCUUCAUCUGCUGCAGCAGUGAAGAAGGCAAUAGAGGAGGCUCAAGCCAGGUUAAAGGUUGCAAAAGAAAUAAUGGAAAGGAGAAAAGGUCAGAUGGGUCGGGUCAAACCCAGCUUUAAUGGUAGUUCAAUAGGUAAGGAGAGAAAGAGGGAAAAAGAUACUGUCAAACAAAAUGAUUUCAGGGAAGAUAAAGCUCAGGAGACUAAUGAAAAGAUACUGGCUUCUCAGCAAACUUCCAGUGGAGUAAAAAUGCAAAAUGUGAUGAAAGCGGAUCAAGUGGCUGCUGAACCAGAAGAGGAGGAGAGAGGUUUCAUCGCAAGAGAAUCUGCUGGAGAAAUACGUGCAGAGAAUUUCAUAUCUUCACAGGCCGAUUGUAGACAGGAAGUGGGAAAAAAGGAAGCAGCAAAAGAGGGAGAAAGAAAAAAUGUAGUCCUGAAUAUGAAUGAGCAUGAAGGAGAAGAGAAGAAAAUCAUUGAAAAACCAGAUGUUGUAAAGGAAGCUGCUGAGCAGGAGAGGAAAAUAGAUACAUCAAAAGAGUUUUGUGAUAAGGAGGAAUGUCUGCACAGAUCAGUGCCCGAUAUAGAGCUUUGUGAUCCGAAAGAAGAUGAAGCCAAACUAAGGUUCAAUGAACAGUGGAAAAAAACUGAAGAGAAAGUGUGCAAUGAUCUAGACUUAUGUGAAAGGAAAUUGAAAGGUCCAGAGAAAUCUAUAGAAGAGAGAAAUGUUGAAAUGGGAGAACUAAAAGAUAAUAACAAUUUGGAGAGAUUAACAGUUGCUCAUGGAAGGGUAGAUGUGGAGGAGAAACAAAAUUGUGUGAUUGAACCAGAAAAUGGUUAUACUUUAAAAGAUGCUUCCGAGAAGGAAGACGAUGGGAUGCUAAUACAAGAAGUUUCUGUGCAAAAAGAACUCACAAAGAAAUCUGAAGAAGCUUUUGAGAUAUCAGAACUGCCUGGGGAACACAAAUUGUCUUGUGGACCAGAAUACAAUGAAGAGGAAGAUGCUUGCGAUAGUGAAGACAAUGAACUGAUGUCAGACAAAAUGGAGAAACCUGAAAUACUUGAUGAUCUUAGAGAUAACACUUCUGAUCAUGAGGAAGAAAAGAGGAAACUUGAAGAAACUGGUGAUUUGUUGGGGAAUGAGGAAUUUAUGGAAGCUGAAGAGACUGGAGAUUUUCUUGAAGAUACUUAUCAAAUGGAAGUAGCAGAUGAGGGACAAGAAGAGGCUUCUGAGAGUAGGGGAACUAAAGAGAUGCUAACACAGACUGAUCAAGAAGCCUAUGAGAUGAUGGAAGCAAGGGAAGAUGCUCUCGACUGCAAUUGGGAAGAACUUGAAUUAGCUGAUAAUGUAUACAAUGAAAAUGAAUUUAACAACGUAGGUGACACUUUAGAACCCUCCACUAAUAUAGACAGCUGUGAAAUGACUCCAGAAUUACCUCUUAAUGAAGACAAUGGAGGGAUUGCAGAAGGAUGUAAAGCUUUUAGUGAGAGUGAAGAAACUAGAAGAGAUUCUGAAGCAGAUGAAGUGGCUAGUGACUUGGAAGAAAACCUGGCAUUUGAUAAAUCUGAUUUGGCUGAAAGCAACUUGAAACCAGAAGAGAUUAAGCAGCAAGCAGAGAAUACAACAGAUGCAUUUAGUUUUGACAGAAGCAGUAUAGAUGUUGAUACAGCAGAUAUAUUGUUUGAAAGAGAUGAAUAUGAGCAGUAUUCCAAGACAUCUGAAAGAAGCUUAACCAUUGAGAAGCUUGUAGAAGAACAGGCUUGUGAAACGGUAGAUCUCGGGGAGGGUAAAAUUUGUUCAGAACUGGAGGAGAACAAGUAUAACCUUGAACACUCUGAUGAGGUAAGAUUUGUUGAUUCCCAGUUACAUUGCAAUUUUGGCGAGAAACAUGAAGCAACAGAAAUAGCUCGUGAGAUGGAAGCAGACUGUAGUACAGAAUAUAAAGAGGAGAAUUGUCCUGAAACUCUUAUGAAGAAAGAGAGGGAAACAAAAAAUGCUUGCCGAGAAGAAGUUACAUUGAAGCAGGUAAGAUUGGUUGAUGCACAGUUACAUUGCGAGUUUGGGGAGAAACAUGAAUCUGCGGAAAUGGCACAUGAGAUUGAAGCAGGCCAAAGUUCAGAAUGCAAACACGAGAAUUGUCCUGAAACCCUGAUGAAGGUAGAGAGUGAAACCAAAAAUGCUUCCCGGGAAGAAGUUAAGCUAGUGAAGGAAAAACAAAGAAGAGUGGAUGAAGCAAAAGAGAGGGAAAGGGAAAAAGAAAAGGAGAGAAUAGCUGUUGAAAGAGCAAUUCGUGAAGCUCGUGAAAGGGCCUUCGCAGAAGCCCGUGAGAGGGCUGCUGCUGGAAGAACAAAUAUAGAAGCACAGCAUAAGGUAAAAGCUGAAACCCAAGGAGAGGCAGCCAAGCCUUCUGCUGAGGCCAAUGAUAAGGCAUUUUUGGAAGCCAAACUUAAAGCUGAGCGUGCUGCGGUAGAGAGAGCAACUGCAGAGGCCCGGAAGCGUGCCCUGGAGAAAGCUUUGUCCGAAAAGGCUUCCCUUGGAGCCAGAAACCAGGCUGAAAAGUUCUCUGAUUCAAAGCAGAGCUUCCAAUCUUAUGAUUUACGAUACAAAGUUUCGUGUCCUCCUGCAUCUUCCUCAUAUGUUGGUUCUUCAAAUCAAUGUGCUUCAAAAUAUCCCGAGGGGCUGGAUAUUGGUGCUGGUGAGUCAGCUCAAAGAUGUAAAGCUAGGACGGAAAGACAUCAAAGGACUGCAGAACGAGCAGCCAAUGCUCUUGCGGAGAAGAACGAGCGCGAUCUUCUUGCUCAGAAAGAACAAGCUGAAAGAAAUAGGUUAGCUGAAACUCUGGAUGCUGAAGUCAAAAGGUGGUCAAGUGGGAAGCAGGGAAAAUUACGUGCAUUGCUAUCAACGUUACAAUAUAUCCUUGGCCCCGAAAGCGGUUGGCAGCCAAUACCACUUACAGAUAUUAUAGCCACCGCAGCUGUAAAGAAAGCAUAUAGGAAAGCCACGUUGUGUGUUCAUCCUGAUAAGUUGCAGCAACGAGGGGCUACCAUACAGCAAAAGUAUAUUUGCGAGAAAGUUUUUGAUCUUCUCAAGGAGGCUUGGAACCGAUUUAGUGCCGAAGAACGGUAGAAACUUGCUGCCAUGGAGGGUGUAUUGCCAUUGCAUUCUCUUCCCAGAUGCACAAGAAAAUCAAGUCGUAGGCAUUCAUUUUACUCAUUUGCCUGGGUUAAUCCAUGUUUUACUUCCAUAUUCGUAUUAAAUCAAACAAAUAUAAUGCCAAAAUUUAAGCACCCCCGAGAAAAAGAAAAUGUUGGUAACAGAA